GGAUGGGCUGUUUGUGUAGAUAAAGUGCUUGCUUGGCAGGAGUGGAUCUGCUGGAAACAGAUAGGCAUGCUCUUCAGGGUCUUAUCUGUUGCAUAGAGGGUGCUGCCAAAGUUUAAACACUCAGAGACAUCACUACCCUGAUUAUUCAUUGCGGAAGCCUUUGGGUCAAGAUAACUUUUGCAACUGGAUGGCUGAGCCACGUCAGGAUUUCAAUAUGAUGGAAGAACAUUCGAUGAGCCAAGCUAAGCAGGUCCCAUCAGACUAUCCCCUCCAGAUACCUGUUGAUGAUGGAUCAGAUGAACCUAUUUCCGAGACCUCUGAUGCUAAGAGCACUCCAACUAUGGAAGAUGCCACAGCCCCGUUAGUGGAGGAGAGAGCACAUGAGGAUCAGAUUGCAGCUCGACAGCAUGUGGAGAUACCCGAGGGAACCACAGCUGAGGAAGCAGGUGUGGGAGCUACUCCUAACAUUGAGGAUCAAGCUGCAGGAGAUGGUGCUCAAGAGGAACUGAGCUCCCCAAGGCUAUGGGAGAGUGUGGAACCUGGCAUUCAGGAGCAUGUGGCAAGUGAGAUUCAGCCAGAAAAACAAGCAGCUCGUAUUGACAGUAAAGACAAAGAUGGAACUGAUACUGAAGAGAAAAAGCCUAAGACAUCCACACCUUCCUCUGCCAAACCCCUGAAAGAUAGAUCCUCCAUUACCCCCCAACGACCCUCCUCUGUUAGUACAACCCCUUUGAAAAAUCCCUCCAGUCCUGCUGAGUCCUCAGUACCAGCUCCCACUCCUAAACGAGUCUCUUCUAUCACAUCCCGACCUGCCAGUACGGGAACAAAAGAAACAAAGCCAAAGGGUCCAGAGAUGAAAAGCGGAAUGAAGAUGGCUGCUCCCAGGUCGGCAGCACAGACUCAAAAAAGCCCAGCCAACGCUACCCGGAUCCCGGCAAAAACGCCCACGACCCCCAAGACGCCUCCCAAUGCUGCUGGCAGGAAGGAGCAGAGAAAGCCGCCUACCACAGCAGCAAAAUCUGAGAAAGGUGAACCAGCGAAGUCUGGAGACAGAAGUGGUUACAGCAGCCCUGGCUCACCCGGGACCCCCGGCAGCCGUUCCCGCACACCCUCCCUGCCAACUCCCCCGAACAGGGAGCCCAAGAAGGUGGCAGUGGUUCGCACACCACCGAAAUCCCCUGCUUCUGCCAAGAGCCGCCUGCAGACUUCUACCGCCCCCAUGCCUGAUCUGAAAAAUGUCAGGUCCAAGAUUGGUUCUACUGAAAACCUGAAGCACCAGCCAGGAGGUGGAAAGGUGCAGAUAAUGAAUAAGAAGCUGGAUCUUAGCAACGUUCAAUCCAAGUGUGGCUCAAAGGAUAAUAUCAAACACAGCCCAGGAGGAGGCAGUGUGCAAAUUGUUUACAAGCCUGUAGACCUGAGCCAUGUGACAUCCAAAUGUGGUUCCUUGGGCAACAUUCAUCAUAAACCAGGUGGUGGCCAGGUGGAGGUGAAAUCAGAGAAACUGGACUUCAAAGAGAAGGUGCAAUCGAAAAUUGGGUCAUUAGAUAACAUCAGCCAUGUCCCUGGAGGAGGGAAUAAAAAGAUCGAGUCUCACAAGCUGACCUUCCGCGAGAAUGCCAAAGCCAAGACUGACCAUGGAGCCGAAAUCGUCUACAAGUCCCCCACCGUCUCCGGAGAUGCCUCCCCCCGUCGCCUUAGCAACGUCUCCUCCACCGGCAGUAUCAACAUGGUGGACUCCCCCCAGCUGGCCACGCUAGCUGACGAAGUGUCUGCUUCCCUGGCCAAGCAGGGCUUGUGAUCACCUGUCCGUGGGCGGAGAGAAGAGAAGAGAAAUCAAUCUGGCCUUCUUCCUCUGUUCCUUUUACCACUACUGCCCCCUCCCCCUGCCCCCCAAAUGGGUAAUGAUUUAACCUACUUUUACUGUCCAUUCAGCUCUGGCUCCAGGACUUCAAAAUCAGUAACAGCAUUAGGUAUACACCCUCGCCUUCCCCAGGCAAUCUUAGCCCAGUAUAAAGGAACCUGAUCACACCCACACAAAGGGAGUUUGGUUUCUGGAGAGAUUGGUGCUGCUUAAAUUUAAGUUCAAGGUACAAGCCUGUUUCCCCCAGCACCAUUUCAGCCAGACUGAUCCCCAACCUCACAAGAUACAGUGAGCCCGGCACCUCCCCGCCUCUAUCGUCAUCCCUGGUUGCUUUUUGCUCCCCACGCCACUGGUUUGCUUAAAACAUGUUUCAUUGUCCCAGCAAUUUCCUGGGGGCAACCGCCCACUGCUGGGGAGCAUGAGGCAUGGCACUCACUAUGGAAAUGGAGUCAUGACAGUGGAAAUCUCAUGUUUGCAGUGUUGUUGUAGCAGUGUCGGUCCCAGGAUAUGAGAGACCAAGAUGGGUGAGCUUUUACUGGACCAGCUCUGGUUGGUGAGAGAUGCAAGCUUUCGAGUUACACAGAGCUCUUCCCUCCGGUCUGGGAAAGGUACUUGGUGUUACAGCUGAGUAACUGCGAGCACCUUUCCCGGACCUGAGGAAGAGCUCGGUGUAGCUGGAAAAUGUGUCUCCCACUGCCAGAAGCUGGUCUAGUAAAAGCUAUUACCUCACCUACUUGCCUCUCUGAUGAAAAUCUCAGACUAGUUAAUACAGACAGUAUGGGAGGCCACCCACCUUCCCCAGAGACUUCUUGAGGAGGGAUGUGACAGAAACACAUUUUUUCUCCCCUGGAAUUUGGCCCCAAAGCUACUUGGAUUCCCGGUCACAGGCUGGGGCCCAGGCUCAGAUUGUCUCUCCUCUAAUUAAAGGGCACCAGCCUUAUUCCUUAUACCCAGCAAAACUGACUUUCAAGUCCUGGGAGCCCACAGCUUCCCUACACGUGGUGCGAAUGGCGUACCCUGAAGGGUGUAGUACUAGGAGCCACGGCAAACUCACUGUUCUCAGAGCUGGUUCCUUUGUCUAGGCAAGGAUCUCGCCUGCUCUGUGGUUUCACUAACGUGUGGUUUUAGGGCUCCUUCUUUUAACUCCUAUUAAUGACAACAACUGGUGACUCUUCUCCCAGGCUGUUCCUCUUACAAAAGGAUUUCAGCCUUCAACCCGGGCCUCUAGGGGCAAGGCCUGCUCCCACCACUACUCUUCUCCUGGGCUGAGGGUUCUUACCCUACUUAAUUUUAUGGCCAUGGGCAUCUCUCCAAUUCACUGCCCUCUUCCUCCUGUCCCACUCCCACUCCUGCCAGCUUGUGUCCUGUGCACUGUGUGGUCUGGAGUGCAGGCAGCCCCGGAGCACGGUCCGUCUGCAAGGCAACAACAUGCUGUAAACACUGGGUGAGUGGGUUGGGGGACCUGUUGCAAGAAAGAGCAGAGUGCUGGUGCCAUGCUGACCCAUCUGAAUUCCUAAGGAAUAUUGUGAGGACAGGGGGGAUGGCUGGAAUUUUUCCCUUGCUCCAUACCUGUAGGCUUUCUGUUGCUCCCAUGGUAUGAGGCUACAGCCAUGCUUGUCUGUGUCUGUCUGACUGAUUGAUGUGGGCUUGAAUUCUGUGAGGCCGGCCGCACAGAUUUCUCAACUUGUGUGUCAGUUUCUGAGAAGCUGCCCUAGUUGGGAGGCCGUUGCAGAGUGAAAUUUCUCUUGCCCUGAGCUGAAUUAAUAGAGGACUUUCAUGUUCUGGGCUAUCUUCCAGUAGAAAAGGGAGACUCUUGAGUUAGACACAUCUGGGACAGUUAAUAGCUGCGGGAUUUGAAUUCUCCAUUUUGUUAGCAUAACAAUUACUAGACUGAAGGCACGUUUCUUUGGUCAGAGCAGUGGAUAGAGGGUGACAAAGCUGCGGACAGAUGGAAAUAGCAUCACUAUUUCACCUUGCAAUUUUGGAAGAAAAUCUUUGUCCAGGAGAUGAGAUGUGUCUGAAGAUAGAAUUUGGGUUUCCUUCUUCUUAAACCCAACUGCUUGCCCAUAAAUCCCUCCCGCCCUCCCUUACACCCCCAGGUGGCCCCUGCCUCUUUUAAGCUCCAAAAGCUGGCUCCUUGCGGUGGUAAUGAUGACACUAGGGAUUAUCACUUCAUUUAGCAAAGGGAUGCUCUUGACGUGUAUCCCUCCUGCCCUAGUUUUGUCGGAGUGGUGCAUUUAUGCUGGAGCUGUUGAGUAGAUGAGACUAGGAUUUUUUCUUUGGCAUACCCUAGUGUUGUAUAGUGGGAUUUGUCUGUAUAUGCUUGGAAAUCACCAGGGUGGUGAUUGUUCUAUAAAAAGCAUGUGUUGUAAAAUUCAGUAGGUAGGUUUAGAACUGCCCCGUGCGCUCAGUACUGAGCUAGAAUUCAGCCAAAGCGACUCUGUUUGUUGAAUCAGAAAAGAGUGAGAGCACAUCUGGCUAAGGCCAGAGACAAAUGCAGUCAGCACUGACCCGGUAGCAGCUCCUGAUGGGAAAUGUAUUUCCAGAAGCUGGAGGGUUCUGGCCCUAUGAGUUGUGUAUGUUUUCUUGGAAUUUAGCCUGCAAAGGACAGAGAAGACUGUGGAAGUUCAUCGCGAAGAUGAUUGCACUGCUUAGCUGGUGAAUUUGUCCUGCUAGAUAAUUGGAGGUGGCCACUGAGCCCAACCUUUCAAAUCCUGUGCAGGACUGGGCUGUAUGUGUCCUCUGAGACUUUUUCCAGUCUUCAUUAGAUGCCCCAGGUGCUGAGUCUGCCCUUGGCUUCAUAGCCACUGCCCAGGAAAACCUUUCCCAAAGCCAAGUGCUGUCGUUGGCACUUGAGGGGGUCUGUGGUGGCGAUGGGAGUUCUGCAGGCCUGGUGAUCACUUUUCUCUGGAUCACAUUUGAACCCUUGAGUGAUAUAGAUCCCAGCAGCAUUUUAAUGGACUUUAAAAAGGAGGCAGAGCGGAUCCCCUCUUGUUACACCCACUGAGCACUUGGUAUUUUGUUGCUCAGCCUCCUAGUGAUCUCUCACGUAAGCACUUCCAGUCCCUGAUACCCCUGUACUGCCCUCCUUUGCAGAUGGGGAAAAGGAGGCAGGCUUGGAGGAGCAAUUUUCCCAAAGCGUCAGUCAUUGAGCUAGGAUUAGAAUUUGGGGAGCCCAGGGCUCAAACCAGUAAAGACUUUGAUUUCACAGGAGCACCAUUUCCUCCGUUACCCAGUGACCCGCUGGUGGGAGAAACAGAGGGCACCUCUGUUCCGUGUUCUGAAGCCCCCGCUGCUAGUUCCCACCCUGUGUAAUGUCUGGCUUGAGGCUGGGAGUAAGACUCACUUCUGUGCCAGUGCCUGUGGGGGCUGUGAUCAAAGACCAUUAAAGCUGACUCCCCGGGGCGGCCCAUUGGCCGCGUAAGGCAGAAGACACUUUAACGUUUGGAAGUGGCGCGAGAGUCACAUUAACAACCCAUGCUUCUCUGGGGUCUUUGUGAGCUUACCAGACCCCUCAUGCCCCCCCCCCCCGGUGCUCUUUGGGAGGUCAGAGGCCAGGGCGUGAAACGCUCACUGCUAAACAUGGGGGUGGGGUGUCUGUGAUACAGUAACUCCUCACUUAACCUUGUAGUUAUGUUCCUGAAAAAUGCGACUUAAAGCGAAAUGAUGUUAAGCGAAUCCAAUUUUCCCAUAAGAAUUAAUGUAAAGAGGAGGACAAAAGACUGUGUGUGCGUGUGUGUGUGUGUACACCCAGUAUAUGUUUUAAACAAACAAUUUAAUACUGUACCUUAUGAUGAUGGUUGUGAAGCUUGGUUGAGGUGGUGGAGUCAGAGGUGGGAUAUUUCCCAGGGAAUGCCUUACUGCUAAAUGAUGAUCUAGCACUUGGCUAAGCCCUCAAGGGUUAACUCAUUAAUGGAGCCUCCUACUCUACAAAGCAGCAGGAAUGGAGGGAGGAGAAAGAUGCACGGUGUGCGUGUGAGAGAGAGAGAGAGAGAUGCACAUUGCUCCUUUAAGUGCCUGACUCACUCUUAAGUACACUGCCUUGUUAAGUUAAUCAGCAAGCUGAGACCUUAGCGGCUGCUGCCAGGAAACUCCCUCUUUCAUGAGCCCUGUAAUGUGUCCCCCCUGCUCUAUGGAGAUGGGGUAAGCGGGGUGCAGGAGCAGGGGGCCACCAGCUGAACUGCUGGCAAGUGAUAGCCCAGGGCUGCUAUACAGGGAACUUACGGGAGUGGGGAGCUGAGGGCCCACCCUGGUUCCAAGCCCCCACCAGCUGGCUCCAACAGGCUGCUCUUCCUGCAAGCAGUGGCCAAAGCAGGCAGCUGCACAACUUUAAAUGAGCACGUUCCCCAAUCGAGCAGCACCCUAACGACAUGAACGAGGGCGACUUUAAGUGAGGAGGUGCUGUACCAUGUCCAGGCACCUAGUGCAGGGGCUGUGUGUUGAGAGGGCCACCCCCACACACCUGGCAGGAUGGGGCUGCCUGAAGGCGAGCUCAGGAUUAAAUGGCGUGCCAGGAACUAGCGCUUUAGUUGCGGGGGGGGCCCAUCUUCCCUAGAGAGAGGCUGAUUUUGGAAUUGUAAGUGGAAAAGAAAACGGCUGGGCUUCUUGGGGCUUUGAAGUGUAAACCAUGGAAAAGUAUGUGAACUGUUCCAGGCCCUGCCACCACUUACAGGAAAGCUGCCCUUCAAAAUAAAAAUAGCGGAGCUGUGGGGGGAGCCCUGAAGUCAAGAGGUGCUUUGGGUUUGCACCGUUUUAGCCCUUUGUUUACACAACCCUGAGUGCAAAUUAAGGUUAAAACAAGAAAAUAUUCCUCUCACCCUGCUUUAGUUGAUAUGGCAACCUAUUCGAGGUCAGUGGCCUUGGCUGAUGCUUGCCAUCCCUUCCCCUGCAGUCCCGCCUGGCAACCUGCGGCACCUUUCCAUACUGCUACACCAGAGAGGCUUAGAGCUGUGGGGAAGUGUUUCUGAACUAGCUUUCCUUCCCCAACUGCCUGUCUCAAGGGUGGGGCCACCUGUGGUGGAGGCGAAGCUAAUUCUGAGGAUGAGAUGUCAUAAAAAGUCAGUAUUAGGGAAAUUGGCUGGGGAUACACGUGCCCAGUUCCCCCAUUGACAGAGCCUUGGUGUACCCAGCAAGGUACCUGUGGUGGGCCACCGCCGUGGCAGGACUUCAACCAGCCUGACCCUUUCAGCUAUUUUACUGUGUAGACCUGCAUCAAGCAGCCCUUUGCCAAUGUGAGUCAGCCCACCAUGAACUGCAAGGUGCAAGUCCACCUUCUGGCUUUGCUAGGGGGUAACAUUUGCAAUAGGAUGCUCUUCUUUUAGAGGCACAGGGCUAUUGCUUCCUAGCUUGUAUUCCAGUAGUGGUGCUUGUUUGCCUGGUUUGUUGCAACCUUAUCUCCUGUAUGAUGAGCAGAGACAGCCCUGAGUUUAGCAUCUAACAAACAGAGAUCAUACUGCCCUCUACUAGCAUCACUCUAACCAGAGGUUAAAGCAAGAUUUGGCCCAGCGUGAAUGGAGCAGCCUGCUGCUCUUGUACCAAAACAUCUGAGAAAGCAGGCAUCUGAGCCCUGGUGCAGCUGUUGGCUCUGGUGUAUGGACUAACCCGCCCCCUCCCCCCCCAAAGGAAAUGAGCUACUCCUAAGGCUGCUCGGCGUCAGGUACCAGGAUGGGUAAACUGCAUUCCAGCUGGCUGGGUAAAGGAUGGCGCCACACUGUUUUUGACUGAGCUGAAUUUCACUUGUAGAUGUUUAAGCUGUGAAUCAGUUCAACUGGUGUGGGAGGUAGCACAAAUUCGAGCCUGGAGUUUCUAACCCCUGUGCAAUGAUAUGAUUUCUCUAGGGUGCCAGCACAGCCAGGUGCCUCUGUUGCUCAUUCUGAUCCGUCCUUCAGGAACCAAGAGGAGUCUGGGAAAGGUUGCCUGAAGGACUGGCUCAGCUUUGAACUUGGAAAGGGAGAUGCUAGCUGGGGUGUUAAGGGCAAGCAAGUCAACCUGGCCGACACUUAUCCCCACAUUCUCUAUUUGCACUCAGUGGAGCCGCAGCAUUGGUUGCCUAAUGCCAGCCGAAUGCUCGCCUGCAUUCAGUCAAUAUUUCCACUUAAUCACAGAGUCCAUUUAUCUUUGGGAUGAUAGGAACCCUAGGGUAUUUCUGUCCUAUGUAAAUGAGCAACUGGGAGAACCAGUGAACAAAUCAGUUCACCCAUUUUAACCAUCUUCUGCUUCAGACUGGGCACCAGCAGUGCUGUUAAAACUCUCCUUAGGCUAUACCGUACUCAGUGAAAGUUGGUUAAGUCAUGGCUUGCUGCCAGCCCCUGCCACUUCCCAACACAGUUGCAGCCUGGCCUGGGCAGAGGUGCUUGGCGUUGACAACUUUUGGCACAGUCAGCACCCAGUUACUUUAUAAUGUAGAUAGCUGGAGUUCAGGACUGGGGGGUUUUAGUUUUAUUAACCCUUAGAACCCCAGCCUGAAUGUCAGUUGUUGGAAGCUUACAGAGAUCUGCAGCCUCAACCCCCUUCCCCAGUGUUUCAACUUGCUACAGUCAGUCCUCGAAUCUGCAGUCAUUGCUGUGUCUAAAGCUUCUCUCCCUGCCCUUUGCAGCCUCCUGCUCUGCUGUCAGCACUCUUUAUCCUCUCCCAAUGGGUCCCAGCCGUUCAUUGCAGCACCCAGACACUUAUCUUCCAACAAAGUAGCUAGUCCCAGUUCCCACCUUAAACCUCUAUUCUCCAAGAGCCCAAGCCUGACCUCCCAGCCCAUAGAACAUGAUCAUUUUAUAGACACCACCUACCUAGGCCUUGGCUUAAGGCCCGAGAUUUACUGCUAAGGGAUGGUACAUGGAUGUUCUGUUCCUUUGGUACAACAUGCAUCUUGGUCUAAAAAGGGUUAAAACUGGUACUUGGGAACAGUAUUUCUGAACUCCAAAAAAUGUUCCCUACAGGCAUUUGAAGUGGCGAAAGGACAAUUCUGGUAUUUGCAAUCCUGUGAUUCCCUUUUUAAUUGGGGGGGGGGGGGAAAUAGGAGGGCUUAAUCUCUGUAUGAUCAUCCUAGCUUAGCUUCCUGUUUGUGACUGUCCCUAGUGUAGUGUGUGUUUUAACAACUGGUUUACACGGAUCGUUGCUGUAAAAGUGAAUUUGGAAAUAAAGUCAUUACUACAACA